ACGGGGGAACCUCUGCCCCUAGAGGGCGUCACCGUCAUCAGCCUCGAGCAUGCCAUUGCCGCACCCUUCUGCACCAGACAACUUGCCGACAUGGGCGCCCGAGUUAUCACGAUUGAGCGACCUGGUGUUGGUGACUUCGCCAGGUCAUACGACACCCGCGUCAACGGAAUGGCCUCACAUUUUGUCUGGGCAAACCGCUCAAAGGAGAGCCUGGCCCUGGAUUUGAAGAAUCCCAGGGAUUUUGAGGUUCUCAAGAGGCUCCUUGUCAAGGCGGACGUGUUGAUCCAGAACCUAGCUCCCGGAGCAAGGGAACGCCUUGGCCUAGGAUACAAUACACUCAAGAAAACCCACCCUUCUCUCAUCGUCUGUGAUAUCUCAGGCUACGGUUCCGAUGGACCUUAUAGAGACAAGAAAGCGUAUGAUCUCCUCGUCCGGAGCGAAGCAGGCUUCCUCUCAGUCACCGGUAACGGACCGGAGCCGGCGAAGGCCGGAAUGUCCAUUGCCGAUAUCUCAGCCGCCAUGUAUGCUUAUUCCAACAUCCUUGCCGCUCUUAUCAAGCGCGGUAUGACGGGGAAAGGAUCUCGGAUAGAUGUCUCCAUGCUCGAAAGUAUGGUCGAGUGGAUGAGUUUUCCCAUGUACUACACAUACAACGACGCCCCUUGCCUCCCCCGCUCGGGGGCGUCCCAUGCUUCCAUCUAUCCUUAUGGACCAUUCGAGACGGGAGGCGGUGGUUCCGUCAUGCUUGGCGUGCAGAACGAGCGGGAAUGGGCGAACCUUUGUCGCCAUGUCCUCAACGAUGAGACCUUGGCCAAGGACCCACGUUUCGUCAGCAACAGUCUCAGAGUGAAGAACCGCGAUGAUCUGAAGAAUAUCAUCUGCGAUGUCUUUGCACGGCUAUUAGCUGAUGAAGUUCUCAAGAAGUUGGAUGUCGCGUCUAUCGCAAAUGCCAACGUGAACGACAUGCAAGGGGUGUGGAACCACCCGCAACUGAAGGCUCGGGGACGAUGGACAGAUAUUGAGACGCCAAGUGGAACAAUUCCGGCUGUGAUCCCGCCGGGGUUUGCCACGGUCGAUGGUUCAAGAAUGGUUAAAGUGCCUGGCCUCGGAGAACAUAACGAAGCGAUCUUCAAGGAGGUGGGGUUUGAAGCUUGA